AUGAGGGACUCUCUCGAACUAGCAUCACUCGCCUCAUCGGAUGACGGCCUGGCACAAUCCUCGUCAGAAUCCGGGGUCGGUUCAUCACGCCGAGCGUCCUUAGAGAAUGAUGAUCCUAUAUCAGGCGAAUUAUACGAAUCCACACGUCCUGGUCACGGUCGAUCAUAUUCUGUCUCUUCUGCCUUCGAUUUCGGCACCACUCUCUUCCCUCUAUCCCAGACAGUUGGAGGGUAUGCGCCGCUAGGUGCGCCUUCGGCAGUAUCUUUGGAACAUAAUGUUGGUAUAAGGGACGGCUCGCUGGAGAGGCACAAAACAUUGACGUAUCUAAACGGACUGUCCCUGAUUAUUGGACUAAUAAUCGGAUCCGGAAUCUUCUCAUCACCAGGCCAGGUAAACAGCAACGCAGGGUCUCCUGGUGCUUCACUCAUUGUAUGGGUUGUUGCUGGUUUGCUCGCCUGGACAGGAGCCUCGAGCUAUGCAGAACUGGGCGGAGCUAUUCCACUUAAUGGCGGUGCGCAAGUCUAUCUUUCAAAGAUAUUUGGUGAACUGGCUGGGUUCCUUUUCACAUGGACAGCAGUUUUUGUUCUGAAGCCAGGGUCCAACGCUAUAAUAUCAAUUAUAUUCGGCGAAUAUAUUGUUGAAGCGAUUGUCGGCACAAAGGUAGAUUCCGUUAACCCUUGGAUCUCCAAAGGUGUCGCACUGGCGGGCAUUAUGUCCGUCACCAUGCUCAAUUGCAUAUCAACAAAACUGGGAACCCGCAUCGGAAACCUAUUCAUGUUCUUCAAGUUCAUUGCACUGCUUGCGGUUACGAUUAUCGGAAUUGUUGCUGCAGUCACAGGCUUUUCUUAUGACGGAAAUCCUAACAAGGAAUGGAAAACGAAAAAUUGGUUUGAUGGGACUAGUACAAGUGUUUCCAGCUGGGCUGUAGCCUUAUACUCUGGUCUAUGGGCAUUUGACGGAUGGGAAAAUACAAACUACGUAACCGGAGAGUUCAAAAAUCCGGGUCGCGACCUGCCGCGAGUAAUUCACACUGCUAUGCCGCUUAUGAUAAUAUGCUACGUGCUAGCAAAUAUUUCCUACGUUCUGGUCCUACCGGCAUCUACAAUCUCGGGCACCAAUACUAUUGCCGUGCAUUUUGGAGCAAAAGUGUUUGGUCCCAUUGGCGCCGCCGCCCUUGCCCUUGUUGUAUCUGGAAGCUGCAUCGGAGCCUUAAAUGCCUCGGUUUUUACCAGUGGCAGACUAAUAUAUGCUGCUGGUAAAGAGGGUUACCUUCCAUCUAUAUUUUGUAGGGUUGGGCUUAGCGGAUCAUCAAACCCUCCGGCAGGGCGCUUACAACGUCGUUCUUUUGUUAAAAGGACAAUUACCCGCAUUUUUGGUGAUGACAUCGGAAUUGGAUUUACCCCAAUAUAUGCGAUGUCUUUCAAUAUGGCGCUUUGCAUGUGCUAUAUCCUUGUUGGUGAAUUCAAGACCUUGGUCACCUUUUAUGGAGUAGCCGGGUAUUCGUUUUACUUUCUCACGGUCUUGGGGCUUAUCGUGCUCCGAAUUCGUGAGCCUCGAUUGGAGAGGCCCUAUAAAACAUUGAUAUCGACUCCCAUAAUUUUCUGUUGCGUGAGCUUAUUCCUGCUCAGUCGAGCGGUCUUUGUUGAACCAUUGCAAGCACUUACCGUUAUUGGUUUUUGGAUUGUUGGAGUUCCUGUAUAUUACUGGCGAAUACAUCAGCGAGAUGGGAAGUUUAAACUUGGAGGAGGGUGGUGGAAAUUCUGGGCAAAAUCCCAGCAAUGA